AUGAAAACACUUAGUUGGAACUGUCAAGGGCUUGGGAACCCUUGGACAGUUCAAGACCUUUACCAAUUGGAGAAGGAGAAGAAACCCAAUUUAGUUUUCUUAAUGGAAACUAAGAUGAAUUCUAAAAAAGCAGAAAAAGUAAAAAGAAGUUUGAAAGGGGACGGUUUCUUUGUAGCGGAACCAGUGGGUAAAAAGGGAGGCCUAAUAAUGUGGUGGGAUCAAAAUGUCACAGCUGAAGUGGCAAACUAUUCACAUCGACAUAUUAGCCUGUGGAUUUAUGAUGAGAAAGGGCAGGACAAAUGGUUAUUGACUGGUUAUUAUGGAGAACCAGAUGGUAGAAAGAGAAGUGAUUCCUGGAAAUUUUUUACUUUGCUUAAACCUGAGAGAAACAUAGGCUGGGGAGUAAUUGGUGACUUUAAUGAGCUGGUAUCUCAAGAUGAGAAAGUGGGAGGAAGGCAAAGAUUGGAAAACCAGAUGAAAGAUUUUAGAGAGGCCUUGGAAGAUGGUGGUUUGUAUGACAUGGGGUGGAGGGGUGAUAAGUUUACGUGGAGCAACAAGCAUGCAGAUGAAACCUUCACUAAAGAGAGACUAGAUAGAGUUGUAGUCAAUGCAAAAUGGAAGUCUUCCUUUCGGGAAAGCUGGGUGGAGGUUUUGGCAGCAAGGUGCUCAGAUCAUAGACCUUUAUUAUGGUGUAUGUAUCAGACCAGAAACAAUGGUAUAAGGAGGAGAAAAGUAUUUAGAUACGAAGCCAGUUGGGCCUUGGAAGAGGAAUGUAAUGAAGUUCUAAAAAGAGUAUGGGAUCAGGUGGGGGAAACCAAUCUUCUAUCAAAACUUGAGAGCAGUGAGGUAACCUUGCUGAAGUGGAACAGAAUUAAGAUUUUAGACUCAAAGAAAGAAAUUCAGGACAGAACAGAUGAGCUGAGGUUACUACAAAUGAAUGAAAGUAGAGGCAAUAUUUCAGAAAUAAAGAGUCUGCAGAAAGAGUUGGAAAAGCUAUUAGAACAAAAAGACAUGAAGUGGAGGCAACGAGCAAAGCAAAAUUGGUUUCAGCUUGGGGAUAGAAACACAAGAUUUUUUCACAGCUGUGCCACCCAAAGACAAAAAUAA